AACCGGAAGUUAUUAAUAUGAAAACGCGCGAGAUCCCACGAGAAGUUUGAAAGCGCUCGAUUGAAAUUGAUGACAAUGGCCGGCUCAAGGGUGCACAGACAUGGGACCAUUUAUAAACGUGUUGAAGGAUUGAUAAAGUCUGAAGCAUUGCAAUGGAAAGACAGACCUUUGUGGUUUGAUAUCUGGAAGAAAUUCCCACCCCAGGUGGAACCAAAGGAGGAUAGGCCUGUGCCAAAUGUCCAUGUUCGAAAAAUACUUUACCCAGAAGAUAUGGUGAGAGCUAAAAUGCAGGAAGUUUAUGAAGUCACAGGGACAGUAAAAAACUUGAGGACCAAAUGGAAAGGCAAAUCCAAAAAUCAGUUAUUUGUGGAAGAAUAUGUGCGACUCCAAAAGCCUGGUUUGUCUGUGGCUGAGGUUUUCAGGCAGGUGGAGCAGGAAUUCAGAGCCAGGGGACAACAGUUUAUCAGGAAACCAAAGAAUGUACUGCACAAUGCAGAAGAAACUGAACCACAGAAUGAAGAAUCGAAAAAGUCUUAGCAAUCACAAGAGACUGUGUUCAAGGCUGGUUUGACUAGGAAACAAAGAUACAGACUGUUGUAUUCAAGAUUUCACAGUUCAAUGGAAGAAAUGUGAAUGAGAUUUGAUUGGGCUAGGAAUGGGCAGCCACUUAUACAAGUUGGUCAAACUCCCACCACUGCUUUGACUAUAAUGGGAUUUAUUGAAUUAUUGACUACAUUCAGGUUAUCAACUUGCUGAGAAUUUUGUAAUUUUCUUUGUGCAUAAUGUGGUAGAGGCCUCAAGUAAAGCUGUGUCCUAUUUUGACAUGUGCCAGUUAAACAAUUUAGCUAAAAUAACUUCUUCUUUUUGUGUGCACAAAUCUAAAAUUAAAAUUCAACAGCAUAUAAAAUUUUGAAACUUC